GGCUGGCUUGGCCGUAAUGACGUUCGACGACAAAGCGGCCGCCGAGGCCAAGCUGUCUUCGCUUGGACCAGACGAGUUCGGCGAAGGAGGCGGUGUCAUCUUCAAGGGCGGAAAGAUAGUGUCUGAGAAGUUAAUCCUGAAGAACAUGCUGAAGGAAGACUUCGAGGACUUCCUCCAGAGGGCCACGGAGCCACCAGCGGCAACGGAUGGCCCAGACGAUGCGGCGAAGUUGGAUGCUGUUGUGUCUGCGCUGAGCCAGAAGCUGGACGAGUUGACUGGGCUAGCACCAGAAGUAGGGAAGCUCGCUGAGAAGUACAAGGCCAAGGGCCUUGAUGGUCCAGAGCCAAUCUAUGGGAGGCCAUCUCCCGCUCUGGUAGAGUUUGCCAGGCUCUUCCCUCAGUACGUUCGUCUUGGCGGCUGCGUGCCUCCCUCCUAGCCUUUGACUUGCAAUGCCGUCGGUCUGACCUUCUGCCUCGUGCAGUCGCCCGUAGCCGUUCUCUCGCAGCUCUGAAAAGACCUGCCGCCUUGAGCGGUAUAGCUAGUUGCUUAGGACUCUGAUGCCCGAGUUCUGCUCCGAUCACAUAUCGAGUGCCGCCGCCUGACUUGAAGCGCCUUGUCAGACAUAGCGUAACGAUAACAGUUAGUUGCGCGGUUGAGCCAUCAAAGGGCGACCUACAUCUCCUAUACCUCGCCACCGCUAUACUGUUUAUUAUUUGAUCAACCGUGCAAGGUUCAAUGGCCUGUGGCGAUCAUGGGCGUUUGAAUUCCACCUCGAGGUCACACGUACGAUUGCGCUCAUCGCGGCUCUUGUUCCCAACCAUCC